AUGGACCGCCGUCUGAAAAUCGGAGUCGUUGGCCUAGGCCGAAUGGGCAAGCGCCACGUCCACACCCUGCUUUACCGCACUCCCCGAGCGCAGGUGGUGGCCGUGUGCAGCACGACCCCCCACGAAAUUGCCUGGGCAAAGGAAAACGAGGAAUACAAGGAGUUUGGCAUUGAGGCAUACAGCGACUAUAACGAGAUGCUAUCUCACCCAGGCCUCCAAGCAGUCUGGAUCUCAACCAGCACUGACGUCCAUGCGAGCCAGUCUUUGGCGGCAAUUGAAAAGGGCGUCCAUGUUCUCUGCGAGAAGCCGCUGAGUACCGAUCUUGAGGAGGCGCAAUCCGUCGUCGACGCGGCCAAAGACAAACCCUCCCUCAAAGUAAUGGCCGGCUUCUCCCGCCGCUUCGACGCCUCCUACAGAGACACCAGCGAAAAAGUCUUCGCCCAACAAGCCAUCGGCUCCCCCUUCAUGGUGCGUUCCAACACUUGCGACCUCCGCGACGACUCCGGAUUCUUCGUGCAAUACGCCUCGCGCAACGGCGGAAUCUUCGUUGACUGCGCUAUCCACGAUAUCGACCUGUCCCUCUGGUUCUUGGGAAACCCAGUCCCCAAGGCCUGCUGGGCUGCGGGAACUCUACAGCACCAUCCUGAGCUCAAGGAUUUCUCGGACGUGGACAAUGCGGUAGGAAUUGUGGAGUUCUGGGGCGGCAAGAUCGCGUAUUUCUACUGUUCGCGCACGCAGGCGCAUGGGCAUGACGUGUGUACUGAGAUUACUGGUACGGAGGGGAAAGUGAUGGUGAAUGUGGUCCCGCGGAAGAACAAUGUAGUUCUUGCGGAUAAGUUGGGGAUGAGGCAUGAGGUGCAGCCGGAGUACUGGGAGCGGUUUGAGGAUGCGUUUGCGAGAGAGGCGAAUGAGUUUGUGGAUGCGGUUGUUAAUGAUGGGGUUGUUCCUGUGCCGCUUGAGACGGGGAUUACGGUUAUGAAGAUUGGGAGGGGGUUGCAGCAGGCCUUGUUGACGGGGGAGGUUGUGAGGUUUGAUGAGAGGGGAGAGCAGGUGCAGGCUUCUAGGCUUUAGGGAGCACAGUUAGAUUCGAUCUACUGUUCAUGCUGUUCUCCAUAUAACUCCAAAAAUUGAC